CACUACGAACCGCCGUUCACCUUUAGCUGCUAACCAGUAGCUUAAAAUGACAUCGUUUGUUAUCAAACCUGCUCUUCUCCGCUGCGUUGUUCGGACAGGCAGGUUCAUAAGCGAGCAUCGGACGAAGAAACCUUUGUGUUCACACAGAAGUUAUGCCACUCAUGGGGAUGACAAGGUACCCAAAAUAUACACCAAAACUGGAGACAAAGGUUUCUCAAGCACAUUUACAGGAGAAAGGAGGCCAAAGGAGGAUCAUGUUUUUGAAGCCUUAGGAAAUACAGAUGAGCUGUCAUCAGCUAUAGGGUUGGCCAGAGAAUUUUGUCUCGACAAAGGUCACACGUUCACAUAUCAGCUGGACAAGAUACAGUGCAUUUUACAAGAUGUGGGCUCCAAUAUUGCCACCCCUCAAUCUUCUGCAAGAGAAAGUCAUAUAAAGAGGACAAAAUUUACCGCGCAGCCAAUUGCAGACUUGGAGACCUGGAUUGAUACCUUUACAGGAGAACUUCCUCCACUGACGAACUUCAUUUUACCAUCUGGUGGAAAGAGCAGCGCAGCUUUGCACUUGGCUCGGACAGUCUGUCGGAGAGCAGAACGUAGUGUUGCCCCAAUUGUGCGCUCAGGGGAGGCAGAUCCAGAUGUUGCCAAGUUCUUGAACAGACUGAGCGACUACCUGUUCACCGUAGCCAGAUAUGCAGCCAUGAAAGAAGGCAGCGAGGAGAAGAUCUACAAAAGACCUGAAUGACCACAUCCACACGAGUAUUGAGACAAAAAAAAACUUGAUUUGUUGUUUUUUUAUGCAGAUACUUUAGUCAUAUUGUAAAUACAUUAUUACAUAGGAAUGAGGUCCACAUUUGUCUCAGUUCAAUCAUCAUGGGUUAUAAUAAACUUAUGCACAUC